GUUGUGUAGCUUGGUUGGCGCUGUGACUGAUUGUCUUUUCGAAGAUGAACGGGACUGCUGUUGCUUCAUAUGAGUGUCUAACUUCCCCAUUCCUCGGUAUUGAUGACUGUCGAACUUUCAACAAAGCGUCAGAGUGCAAUGGAUCACAUGUCAGUACAACUCCUGAGUCAGAUAGACUAUUCAUAUCCGAAGACUCGAUUUCUAAUGAGACCAAUGACUCGUUCUACCCGAAAAUCGACCAAAGUUUUGACGAAGAGGUAGAAAUCACAGAUUUGGAAGAAGUAAAAACCCCACGGACAGCUUCACCGACGUUGAAUGAGCUAAGGAAACGUUUGGUUGAUGUCUCCCUCAAUGCUAAAGUGACUGCGAAUUCUCCUGUAUCUGAAUGUAACAAAAUCAACAGUCAGUUUCAUCAGAAGCUGUUGUCAGAGGUUGCCUCAAAACCGUGCCUUUACUCUUUGGAUAGGUUGUAUGACGAAUAUAUCCCUGUAAGAUCGCGGAUUUGUCCACUGAAAGGGAAACUUGGACUUACUGGCGAUGUUAAGUUUGGAGACCAAAAUUCCAGGCUGACUUUACGUUCCAUAUCCUCUAAAAAUACACGACGUCUCCUUGAACACAUUCCUGUGUGUUCUCUUCCAAGUCCAUUACUACGUCAAACUUACUCAUCUUCGGGGAGUUUGAUCUCAAACUUAACAGAUUUAUCGUUUAACAGCGACGCUAUUUUGUCUAUCCCUUUGACUUCUGGUUUACGCGUUUCCGAAGUAUUGUCUAGCGAUAUUCUCUUCUCCAAAGGUGGACCAGCUCUCAAUCAAAUGGCAGAAUCAUCAAUACAAUCUAGUGAGUCUCCCCAGUCCACCGAUAACAUCGCAUGUGAACCGAUUUCAAACGGUUUAUCCGACAAGAAGGAGGUUUCGAAGUCUAUUUGCACUUCAGAUCACGGUUUAAGUGAAAGUCAGAACUCUGAUCCAAAUAUUUUGAUAUCAAAUAGUCAAGUUUAUCCUAGUGAACAAUAUUUCUCACCGCAUACGCAGUCGUAUAAUUCAGGUUGUCUCAGAGAAAAAAAUCAUACCCGAAGUAAACGAUCAGAGAACAGAAAAUCCCUUCACAACACUGUUACUUGUAAAACUGAUCUGUCAUGUAUCGAAGCUAGAACUCCCAUGAAUGACACUAAUAUAGUAAAUGAAAACAUAAAUCCUCAGUGCAGUGAUUUGGUUGAGUUUCACCCAUUUAAUGAGCCUACAUCAAAAACUGAAUGUCGUUCAUCUUCAAAUACCCCUGAAAGGGUAUCAGACAGAAUGGUAUUACUCAGUGAUUGUGAUGAAGAUAAAGUGUCCACAUCAUUAACAACAAAUCUAAACACUCAUCCAGAUUCAUGCGAUAUUUUAUUUCCUUCCAGUUCAUUUCCAACUAGCUACAUAAAUGAAGAACCCAUAACUGUUGAGGAGGAUUUCACUCCAGUGACCAACAAAAGGCUAAGACGCAAGCAACAGCAACAUUCAAAGUUGAUUCAAAGUAAAACUUGCAACUUCGAACAUUCAUCUUGUGAUUCUAGUUAUAAAACGCAUAGUUACUUAUCUACGCAACCGGUCAAUAAUGUAAGUACAUUUCAGCAACAGCAUAUUACACAUCGACUCAGUUCAAAUUUACCCAGACGUUCUGUGCAACGUAGUGGAACGUAUUCGAAUGUACAUAAAAAAUCUCAGCCUUCCUCUGCUCGCUCAGCAACUUUUUUACCACACCCUCAGGAUGCCUUAUCUAGAAAGUCCAGGAAUGCAGAUAAUGUUUCUUCGUCUGUGUCAAGUAUUUUACAUAAUCCUAAAACAACAUCUAAUCUGUAUUCUCAUUCUGCAAAUCGUGAUCUGGCUUCUCAGAAGUCUGUAUAUAACAAUCCAUAUUUAAAUUCCUCUCUUCGAUGUUCUAAAGUGAUAAAAAAAACGUUUUCUAACAGUCCUUCUAUUACUCCGUCUUCAAACGUUCAAGGAACUGAACCUGCAGUUAGUCCCAUCCAGUAUCAAAUGCUUAGGCAAUUCAUGAUAUCUGCGUGGAAAUCGUUUGCGAAAUCUUGAAUAACUAUACAGUUAUGGCUCAACUUCUUAGCUUUGUCUUAUUGCAUGUGAUAGGACUAUUUCCCUGGACUCGCCUCGGGGUGUAAGCUUGUUAAUUCUUCGUAGAAAAAGUGCCUACACAUCAUUUGGUAGACUUUUGUUGUAAGUAGAAAAUUAGUCUUAGUUGCUUUUUUUACAAAGUAUUUCUAGUCUCCAUUUCCCUCAGGUCUUAUUUGUGGUGAAUGUAUUCUUCACUUUACGUACAAAUUAAUACAGUUCAUAAUACCGUGCAGAUAACAUUCUCUUCUUAGACUUUCAAGUUAUCACGGGAGUGAUUUUCAAAGUCGGUGAUACCAAAAAUUAAAAGUGUCAGUUCAGUGUUUCUUGUUAAUCAUCUGAUUACUGUAAACAUAGUUGUCUGAUGAUAUAAUUUCUGUAGUUUUGUGAUCAAUCUCUUCCAGUUUACUUUUAUCUAUUUUCAUGUCAGCAAUACUGUCUUUCUUUUGUCAACUUUUGCAUUUGUUUAUUUCAGCUCAUUAUGUGUUGUAGAUAGCUAACGUACUAUUCAACCGGGUUGUCUUUUUUCACGUAAAUGUAAUUCAUUUGAUCUAUUAAACUAGUUAUUUUUUGUAGUAUAUCCCGGUAUUCGCCUAUGUAUUUUACUGUUUACUUUACCUCUUAUUAUUUUUCUAUAGUAUUAUAUUUCAUUUUUACAGUAGUUCAUAUUAGAAUAGUAUCCAGUUACAUACUCCCAAUGAGAGCAUUUGAAUCAGUCUUUUUCUUGUUGACGAAAUCACUUUUUUUGUUUUAGGUAUUAGAGUAUUAUUUGAUAAAUCACUGUGUUGUCUUAUUUCUUUGUGGAUAUAUGAGGAGCGUAUAUGAUUAGGAUAUUUUAAACUAUUCUCUAACUUGUUGGUAUUUAAAAAUUACUGAAUCCA